GUUGCUCUUAAUGGGGAUGGCAGUCCGAGGAGCAGCGCUGAACCCGAGGACUUCACAGGGGGACGCUUCGCUUCUCAUGAAUGGGAGUCAGGUUCCAGCCCGGAAAGACAAGCUUGCUUAUUCUAGAGUUCAACACAGAAGAAAAUCUACAUUUACUUUUAAUUAGGUGAAUGUGACUGAAUAUUUUAUGAGGGGGGUUUCCUCAGAGACUUUGGAGACUGUGCGACAUGGAAAGCGGCUGUGAGGCUGGGAGACCCUAGCGAGGGAAAGAGGUAAAAGGGCAACAGCGAGGAACCAUCUGUGGUUGGUUAACAGAAGGCUCCCUGAUCCUGCGAUGCCAGAAGAAGCUAAUGAGGACGGCAUGAGAACGCCAGCGACCCCAGAGAAGGCCAACGGCCCCGAGCGCCCCGCAGCCGCCACGGUGAACAUCCCCCUGGUCAAUGAAGUCCAGCUGACAGCAGCCACCGGCGGGGCCGAGCUGUCCUGCUACCGCUGCACCGUCCCGUUUGGCGUGGUGGUCCUCAUCGCCGGCAUCGUGGUCACCGCCGUGGCUUACAGCUUCAACUCGCACGGCUCCACCAUCUCUUACUUCGGCCUGGUGCUCCUCUCGGCCGGACUGGUGCUCUUGGCGUCCAGCGUCGUCUGCUGGAAGAUGAGACUGGAGCGGAAGAAGGAGAGGCGACGGGAAAGCCAGACGGCCCUGGUCGCCAACCAGAGGAGUAUUUUCACUUGAACUAUAGCACUUGGACACACAUCCUGGUCUUCUGACUCUGAAAAAGUAAAAAAAAAAGGCCAAAUUUUGAGAUUUUGGAGAACUAGCUGCGGACAGAUGUUGUCCAGCAUGUGUUGGAUUUCCGACCUGUAAAAGGCUUUGAGCGCAGCCUCUCAAGGCCCAGAACUUAAAAAGCUUUGAACACAUUGUAAGGGAUUUAUUUGUCAAACAGACGUCGGGCAUCUGGCGAGCUGGGAACGCAGCCAGAAGGAAUGUAUCAUAAUUAAAAUGAAUUACCACUGUGCGAAGCGACGAGGAGGAAGUCUCCCAUUAAUCUGCUGUUGGAUGUGGCGGCGUUGAUUGUAAUGGCAGGGAUUGUGGUUUGAAAGGCCCAGGAGAGGAGAGGGAAACUGAAAAACCCAGGGCGAUGAUUCACGCCUCAUUUACGUCACUUCAACUUGGACAUAUUUGUUUAUGAAGUCCCAGCAUUCAUCUCGCAGGGACUGAUUAGGAACGGCCUGUUAUGGAAGUAUGGUACUUGAUAUGAGGGUUUUCUUUCAAAUCUGCCAAUAUAUUCUUGUCAGCAUAUCAGAUGGCACAUGAUAUUAGGGAGAAUAUUUAACCCUAAAUACAUACUCUCUUAAAGCACUUUGAUUACCAUAAUCAUCAUAUUCAGUAUUAAACUAUCUAUUAACACAUAAUGUAAGUGGUACAGCCAGAAUUGUGAGUAGGUUUGCCUGUUUUGGCAAAUUGGGAACAUCAAAAUGAAUUUUUGGGUGAUGAUCACUUAUUGUCCAGUGUACUUCUAUACUGUAAAGAAUAUUAAAUGUAGCAUAUGUUUCGUUUCAAUGUAAUCAUUUGCAUGUAUUACCUGUUACCAGGACGUCAUGUGGUUUAAUAAACUCAUUGAUACACAAA